UCCACCCAUGGCUCCUCCCACAUACCCGAUGUCUCCUCCCUUUGUGGCCGCCCAAACCCCGCCUUCGGUCCCUCCCUUUUCCCACGCUGACACUCCUCCCACUCCUGCCCCCUGGCCCGCCCUAGGGGCGGAGCCAGGCACUUCUCCCCACCCCGGAAGGAGGCCAUCUUGGAAUGGUAGUUCCCACGCUGCCUCUUCCGGUUCCCACGGUAAGGAACCGGAAGACAACAGCGAUGGAAACCAGGAAGUGCAUCUCUCAGCUGCGCCUGUCACCUACCGAAGGGCUCGCGGGGGUGGCGACCCUAAACCGAAUUGGCAGCCAUUUUCACAAACUAUAAUUCGAGAUUUAUGUAAGGCGCACAAAGAAUUUGGGAGAGAGAGCCCGUACUUCCGCGGCCUCCUUCAGGCAGACCUAGCAGCUGCGACAACCCUUCCUGCAGACUUAAAGCAAUUAUUUUCUUGCCUGAUGACACCGGCUGAAUUUGAAUUAUGGCUUGCUGCGUUUAGGCAAGCCCUGCGGGAAGAGCUGCCGCACCUGCCACUCCCAGCAAUUGAUGAGGGAGGUAAUCCCCUUACUGUUGAAUUGCUGGGAGGAGAAGGUUCCUUCGAGUCCCCUCAAAUUCAGGCACUGCUCAUUCCACCAGCAGUUUUGCCUAGGGUGCGAGACCUGGCCUGCAAAGCCUUUUUCACGAUGCAGCCUCGUGCACCCCUGCCGCCGUUCACCCAGAUUAGGCAAGGGGACACAGAAUCAUUUGUAGAUUUCGUGGACAAGAUGACUAGGGCUUUAGAAAUACAAGUAACGGACGGGCUCGCCCGUAAGAGAAUUUUGGAGGAGAUUGUUUUUGCUAAUGCUAAUAAUGUGUGCAAACAAGCGAUUUUAAGUCUCCCUCCAGAACCCCCACGGACUCUACAGGUGAUGCUGCAAGUUUGCCAGCAAAAGGUCCCUUUCCUGCUUCAACAUAUGACCACCGCAAGCAAGCAGGGAACUCGGCAGGUGCAUGCUGCGGAAGAUGCGACUCUUCGUCGCCCACAGGCUCGCAAGCUGGCAGCGUCGAACCCAGCCAGAGCACGGGUCGAGUGCUACCUCUGCCAUGAAAAAGGGCACUUUGUGAGCCAAUGCCCGCAUAACUUGCUGGCAAAGCCUCGGCCGCAGCAGGAGGACUCCGAACACAAUUCAAAAAACUAGGGGGGGAGUGCGGGCCCACCCGGCAUGAUGACCCCAACAGGGUGGGCAGUGCAGAAGAGAAGGCAGUCAACGCCUUCGGGGGUCACUGGACCAAGACAACUAUCUCGGACUGGCAUUUCCUUUACCCUUCCCAGGAGGGAACUUUCCCGGACUUGACGUUAACACCAUUUUGUAAACCUUACAGGUUGAGGCUCACUCACAGUGCGCACCUCAGAGAUACCAGCUGGUACCCAGUUCGCGUGGAUUGCGAAGACCUUCUGGACUGGCCGUUUCAAAGGAAAGAUCCGUCCAACCAUGAGCGCCAAGACUGCCAUCAGUUCAGCCGUCCUCUUCGCCAGUCUCCUGACCAUCGCCCAGGCGUGGCUCGUCCCCCAGCCACAACAGAACGUCUGGGCUGUCUUGGCCAAAUCACUG